AUGACAAAUUCAUUAAUUUAUAUAAAUCCAGAAGAAUCAACAAAUGCCUUAUCUAAAAUUUUUGGCGAUGCCAAUAUUAAAGGACCAACCGAUAUUGUUGAAGAUGAAAAACAAAUUAAAUUUGAUGUCUCUUACUUUAGUUUACCAUUAAGUGUAACUUUUGAUAAGAUUACUGGUGUCAUUUCAUCAAAUCCAGAUCACAAGGACUAUGUUUGCUAUGUUUCAUCACAAAAUACAAAUAGGGCACCAAAACGUGCAGUUCCAGAUUUAAAAGAAGAUGAUAAAAUCUAUGUAACACCAGAAGAACUAAUCCAUGGCCUUGCUUCAGUAUUUGGCGAUUGGCAUGUUCACAAACCAAGCCAAAUUGUUGAUACAGAUGAUAAAGUUACCUUUAAAACAUACUGGAAUCAACAACCACUUGAUGUAAUUUUAUUGAAAAAACUAGGUAUUAUUGAAACCAAACCUUUUAAUAGAGAAUUUGUUUCGUACUCUGUAAAUUAUAAUAUAAGUCGUAAACCAAAACCAUCUUCUUAA